CAGUUUGAAUAUCAUUCAAGAAGAACGACCUACUACGUUAUUACAUAUCUCCCGGUUACGAGCCCGAUUUCCUCCUCAAUUCGGCUGAAUAUCGCACUAUUAUAACAUUAGCCAGGUAUCUUGGCUCCUAACAAAUCAAUUACGUCUGUUUAAACGGGUUUUGAUACGUUUUAUUUGAGAAAAUGGCAUUUACAAGUUUGCGACGAAGACCUCUAGAAUUUUUAGACGAGAGACUUGAGCAUGAAAACAGCGAUGUAUCAAUGGAAGAAAACGACAGUUUUAACGAAGAUAACUUCCUCAGGACAAAUAUAAAGACGCCUGAUAAUGCAGAUGAGCUCUGGGAUCCAGGUUUUUCAAGUCCACCAUCAAAUCGCCGUGCUUUCUUCGACGAUGACUCACCGACUAAAAUGGCCGAAGACGACAAAGAGAAUGCCGUAUUUUCGCCUCCUUCUAUUGUCGGUUUGAGACUCUUUGAUACUCCGCAUACUCCUAGAAGUCUCCUACAGCGGUCAAGUAUUUCCAGAAGCCCAGAACAUGUCCCCGAUAAUCGUAAAAUUUCCCGUCUUCGUCGUGGUUUGUUGGGUGGAAGAAAAGCCGAAACGGAACCUCGCAACUUGGGGGCGAAGUCCCGACUUACGGCGAAUGUGAAUCCGUUCACUCCCGAAUUAAGCAAUAGCUUAAAUGUAAAUAACAAAAGAACUCGGAAAGUCAGAGAGGGGCUGAUGAAUGAUGAUGAUGAUGACGAUGAAGGUGACAAUGGGCUGGUGGAUAGUGGCAUUUUUGGGAAUCCUGCAAAGAGACUUGCGCUGCACGAGAGUAACAUCUCUCGAUUCCACGAGGAGUUCAUUGAGCUGUGUACUGUUGGCUCUGGUCAAUUUGGCUCAGUCCACAAGUGUAUUAACAGGCUAGAUGGCUGUGUGUAUGCACUGAAAAGGUCUCUGAAACCAGUAGCAGGAUCAGUUGAUGAGCAAAAUGCCUUGCGUGAGGUUUAUGCUCAUGCUGUUCUUGGUACCCACCCACACGUUGUGAGGUAUUAUUCUGCAUGGGCAGAAGACAACCACAUGUUAAUACAGAAUGAAUACUGUGACGGAGGUAGUCUUGCUGACCGCAUUCAAAGUAACAACAAGCUAGGAGAGAGGUUGAGCGAAGCAGACCUCAAAAUGCUGCUUUUACAGCUUGCCCAGGGGCUAAAGUACAUUCACUCAUUACACCUGGUCCAUAUGGACAUUAAGCCAGGUAAUAUCUUUAUCAGUCAUAGCAAGGAUACAGAUCAUAGUUGUGAUGAAGGCUUUGAUGAUGAUGAAGCCAACAAGGAGAAAAAGAUGGUUGACUACAAAAUAGGUGACCUUGGUCAUGUAACAUCUGCCACUAGUCCAGAAGUUGAAGAGGGUGACUGCCGUUUCCUUCCCUGUGAGAUACUACAGGAAGACUAUAGCUGUCUGCCAAAGGCUGACAUUUUUGGGCUAGCUCUCACUGUUUACCUAGCGGGUGGCGGCUCUGAGUUACCAAAGAAUGGAAGCGAGUGGCAUGAGAUAAGAAAAGGAAAUCUUCCACCGCUGCCAAAUGUGUCUGCUGAAUUCAAUGCCUUGUUAAGACGUAUGAUUGACCCAGUGCCAAGCAAAAGACCAUCAGCAGUAGAAUUACUCCAAGACCCAGUGAUCUGCCCAACAGGAAACAAAUCCAAGAACCAAUUGAGGAAGGAAUUGAACAAUGAGAAAUUCAAGAAUGAAAUGCUGUCAAGAGAACUCAAGAGAGCACAGCAAGGCAUGUUAAACCAACAAUCCGGAGUGCCCAACUACCAACAGCGCAACUCGAGGGUGAUUGGCCACAAAGUUAAUAGAAGUAUGAGUCUUAGCGUAAUAAUGUAGUUAACAAAUAAAUAGAGGAAUUCAACCAUUAUCCAACGCACGCGAUCAAUUGCUUGUAAAGGCCUUCUGGACUUUUUUUUACCAAAUUAGUGUUGCCGUAGGGGCUUACACCUAACACUCACAAUUCAAUAGAGAUGGUAUAGCCUGACGUGGCUGAAAGAAAGCCAGUACCGUGAAACCUCCAUAUGACGGACACCUAUCAGGCGAACACCUCUAUAUAACGAUCCCUAUUUCCAACGCCCCUCUCAACCUAAAUAAAUAAAGCCUCAUUAAGGCGGACAACUUUAUAUAAAGACAUACAUUACAGUCCCGAAGGUGUUCGUUAUAUGGGGAUCCCACUGUACAAUAAUAUUCGAAAAAUCCUGAAGCAGUCACGAACCAAGCAUUUGGGGUAUUCUGUCUACAUAGCACUUCUCGCAUAAGAAUGAUAUCUCUGAAGAGCUCUGCAGCUAUUUAGCAUCGCUCUAUCGGAAGGGUUACCGUUGCUAAAAUUUAAUGGAUCGGUUCCAUAUUUAUAUAAUUCUAUAUUGAUCAGGUAAUUAGUACAAUAAGAAAGUGAUGCAUUUCAGUAAAUUCUUGAAAUAUUUUUCUGAUAUUGCAAAUAUAGUUUUAUAUGAUUGUAAAUAUUGUAAUAUAGAUCAAUUUUUACAUUUUAGGCUAACAAAUCACAUUUUUACUUAGAUUUAAUACUAGAUUGUCACAAAGCUAAUGCUUUUACUAAAAUAGUAUUGCCGGAACUGAACUGGGAUUAUUACAAUUUUAGUAAGAGGUCGCUUUGCGCCGAUCUAUUGUUGCUGUUUUCAUCGUUUCAUUAUAGAUUUUAAGAACUAUUUACUUUUACGUUAGAAUUUUGAAUAAAAAUUGUUUUUAUCUUUU